AUCCUCAAUUUCAGCCCGCAGCAGGUGGCCGGGGUAUGCGAGACCCUGGAGGAGAGCGGGGACAUCGAGCGCCUGGGGCGCUUCCUCUGGUCCCUGCCCGUGGCCCCCGCGGCCUGCGAGGCCCUCAACAAGAACGAAUCGGUGCUGAGAGCCCGGGCCAUCGUGGCCUUCCACACGGGGAACUACCGGGAGCUCUACCACAUCCUGGAGAACCACAAGUUCACCAAGGAGUCCCACGCCAAACUGCAAGCCCUCUGGCUGGAAGCGCAUUACCAGGAGGCGGAGAAGCUGCGGGGUCGACCCCUGGGGCCGGUGGACAAGUACCGGGUGAGGAAGAAGUUCCCGCUGCCCCGCACCAUCUGGGACGGCGAGCAGAAGACACAUUGCUUCAAGGAGCGGACGAGGCAU